AUGCACGACUCGUGUGACCCUACAGUACACAAGAAACCCCUCAUCCUCAAUCAUGCCAAUCCUAUAUCUUCUGGUAAUAUGUCGAGGGGCCGGCUGUUUGUGUUCUCCAUCUGCCCCUCCUCUCCUGCUCGCUCUUUUGCAUCUCGACACAACUCGUUGCAGCUCAGCAUCAGCUCAACGUUCUUGAUCUCAACUUUGACCUCAACGACCCAACACUUGCAAGAAAGAGAAAAAAAAAGCAAAGAUAUCACUCUUGUUCCGUGUUCGGACAGUUCCUACCUUCAACCCGUAGAUUAUCCGAUUGACGGUUCUCGGGCAAUUCUCAAUUCUGAUCCAGAUUUAACCAAACAAAUACUUCAAAGAUGUCUGCAGCUGCUACCGCUCCUACCCGUUCAGUUGGGCGUGGGAGCAAGUCCGAUUUCCUCCAUCAUCCUAUUACCAGGAGUGUAUUGCCGUUCCUGA